CUCCAAGCGACUGUUUUCCUUUCAGAAAACGGGCCUCGGAUUGAUUGGACAGACUGCAACCACGUGACCGCCCUCCGACUGGAGUUUCCACGACAGCUGGGAGCUGUGGUAUCCGGGCGCAUCGGUCAUUUUUUAAAAAUCGAAUUCUGUUCAUAUAUUAGUUUAAACAGAGUUUCAGCAAUAUGGGUGACAAAAAGAGUCCGACCAGGCCGAAGCGGCAAUCCAAGCCCUCCUCUGACGAGCGAUACUGGGACUGUAGCGUUUGUACAUUUAGGAACAGCGCCGAGGCAUUCAAGUGUAUGAUGUGCGAUGUCAGAAAGGGAACAUCAACGCGGAAGCCACGGCCCGUCUCCCAGCUGGUGACGCAGCAGGUGACCCAGCAGUUCGCCUCCCCCACGCAACCAAAGAAAGACAAGAAGGACAAAACGGACAAAGAGAAAAACGACAAGGAGCCCACGGUCAAGAAGAACAGCCACAAGAAGAUGAGGCCGCGGUUGAAAAACGUGGACAGGAGCAGCGCGCAGCACCUGGAGGUGACGGUGGGCGACCUGACGGUCAUCAUCACGGACUUUAAGGAGAAGGCGAAGGCCGCGCCCGCCCCCGGCGGCGGCGCCGCCCCGCCCGCCGACCAGCACAGCCAGAGCGGCUCCGGGUCCGACACCCCCGCCGAGCGGGCCGCCUCCCGCUCCUCGUCCCCCCGGGGGGAGGGCUCGUCCGUCAACGGGGAGUCCCACUGAGGCCCCGCCCCCCCUCGGCCACGCGCGGGAACGCGCACACGUCGUAGAACUUAUGCCAAGGCGCACCACGGAAACCCCUCCCGUUCUCAAGCAACCCCAUCCACCCCCCACCCCCCUCCCCUUCCCCUCCCCCCCCCCCCCAACACGUCCUCACGACCUGACGCCCGGCUCGGAGUCCAGCGUUUCGGAAGUCUUCCGGAACGUUCCCCCCCCAUCCCACCCAACCCCACCCCACCCCACCCCACCGCCUCUCGAUAUUACGGAAACAAAUGAACUGUACUUUAUUCCCAACCGGUGACCAGCCGCUCGAGCGCCAUCUUAAUGUGAUAGUAUUUUUCAUCAAGGUCAGUGUUACAUUGUCAAUAAUACACGGUUAGAUGUUUUAUUUCUAUACCCUUUCGAUAUGAAAUCUGUCGUGGCAUGAAAUGGAUCCAUUGUGAAAAGAGUGUUCUCCAACGAUCGUGGACUGCGGCGCUCUCUCGAAGCUCGCCAGCAAAUCGAAUCGAACUGUGACGGCAACGGGUUCUCUCCUCGUUUAUUUUUUUAAUUUUUAUUUUUUGAAGCACCUGCUGGUACUUGGUGUGGUUUGGUGGGAAGGCACUCGAACGUUGUUAGUACUGCAUUUUAUUUUAUUUGUUUUUUGCCAAUACCUACAGCACGUUGCUAUGGAUCGCCGCCGCGUUAAUGGUUAUGUCGAACCGUACCGUCGUACGCGUGAGUGCGUCCCCAUCGAUUACCUUGUUUUACUGUCGGAGGAAAGACGGAUGUUUAUUUGUAAAGCGAUGAAAUUAUGAAUUUGCUGUUAAGAGGUCAGUCUGCUUCUUGUUCAUUUUAUAGAUGCUAGCUUGUCAUCAUUAACAGUGGUUUAUAAUAUAGAAAUUAUCACAGAAUAAAAUGAAAAUUAUAGA